AUGGCUGCUCGGCCGGAGACCGCUCGCAGCGAGAUAUCAUCAGCCAUAUCCGAAGAUGGUUACGUUUCUCGACCGCAAUCGGGCGUCCCUCCGCCUGCCCUUCCUAAUCCGCCCACGUCCCAGCAUGGCUACGCCCAUCUCAGAGGCAUCACACAACCUACGAACCGGUCGAUAAGAAGCAACGCUUCUCCGGCGAUACCCGCCGCGCCUUCCAGUACUGCAGGGUCUAGUCGCCCGCAGAGUCCGGUCUCGCUGGCCAGUCGCACCCACGUUCCGUCAUUGACUGCACAAGGCUUCUUCAAACCCAUGAGUUCUCAGAGAUUGCAGGCGCAAAGACUAAGAAAACCUCCGGGAUCGAGGGCGAUGCAGAAUCCGACACCCAUUCCGGACGGUGAUGGAGACGAGGAUGCGCGAAGUGUGGCGUCUAGUAGACAGGGCCCUUUCCAUGCGAUGCCCACCACCCAUCGUCCAGCACCGUCCAUCACAACCGAGUAUACUCAGUCAGAGGCACCAGACACUCCGGAUGCCGUGUCUCCCGACUUUGCUUCUCACCAUGAAGCCGAUACGCAGCUAGUCAAUGGCGCACCUGCCCAGAAACCACACCGCCCAUCCCGCCUCAACAUAGCUACAACCAAUAAAGGUGGCGAAGCACCCCAGAAGUCACCGAUGUCCUUUCGGUCUGGCCUCAGCCUGGGCAGCAAACACCGGCUGGAAGCAGGCCAUCAACAGCUAUCCUCAAAUGUCACUUCCCCAGCUUACCCUCCCGAGUCUAAUGCGGAGGUGGCGAAAAAGAGCGCUUUGGGUAAGAACUAUGAGUAUUUCGAAGGCAACACUAUCUUUUGGCUGGGCGGACGGCUUCAAAAUGCUCGCGAUCGUCCCAUCAAUAUAGCUACGGGCGUGUUCUUGGUCCUUCCGGCUAUCCUAUUUUUUGUGUACUCGGCUCCAUGGCUGUGGCAUCAUGUCUCGCCCGCUGUACCACUAAUAUUCGCUUACCUAUUUUUCAUUUGUUUGUCUUCAUUUCUUCACGCUUCUCUUGUUGAUCCGGGAGUAUUCCCUCGAAAUAUCCAUCCCUUCCCACCCGAGGAGAAUAGUGAUCCCCUCGCUCUGGGGCCACCAACUAAUGACUGGGUCAUGGUACGACUUGCUACCUCACAAACAGCGGCUAUGGAUGUGCCGGUCAAGUACUGCAAGACCUGCAACAUUUGGCGACCCCCUCGAUGCUAUCAUUGUCGGGUGUGCGACAAUUGUGUGGAGACCCUUGAUCACCACUGCGUCUGGCUGAACAACUGUGUGGGUCGCCGCAACUAUCGUUAUUUCUUCGCCUUUGUCACCUCGGCCACCCUGUUGGGUCUUUACCUGGCUUUCGCCUCUUUAGGCCAUGUGCUGGCCUAUCACCGCCAAAGGCAUGUCUCCUUGGGACAGGCGAUAGACCGAAACCGAGUUCCGUUCGCUAUGUUCAUAUAUGGGCUAUUGGGCUUUGCGUACCCGUUUGCAUUAUGGGUGUAUCACUUACUGCUGGUCGGCAAGGGUGAGACAACCAGAGAAUAUCUGGCGUCACGGAGAUUUCCCAAAGCCGAGAGGCAUCGACCUUUCACCCAAGGAAACGUCAUCAAGAACUGGAUCACAGUUCUCGCUCGGCCGAAGCCGGCGACUUAUCUGCACUUUAAGAAAAAGUACGAGGAGGGCGAUCAGCGCUUUGGUGGCCGGCGAGGGGACCGACAAGCAGCGUUGACUGCAGAGGCGAAGAAUGGAGAGAUGGAGAUGAAGCCUGUUCAAGGCUCUCAAAAGACCUUCGAAGGUCCUACAGCGAGGACGUUCUCGAAGCAAGAGGCCCGAUGA